AUGACGGGUCGCGCCACUUCCUCGCGCCCUGCCAAGCGCCAGCGCAGCGAAACCGUUGAUCUCACCUCCGACAACGAGAAGCCUGUGGCCGCGUCGCGACCCGGAAAGACUCAAACCCUCCCCGCCAACUUCAACGGCGAUCUCAACACGCUUCCCGACUUUAACCUCAACGCCCAGGAGCUUCCCUCCUCCCAAAUCGCCCGCCUUCCUGCCACCUUCACCAACUCGUUGCUCGCCUAUGCCGCCGCCCGGGACCCCUACAUCAACUCAAUCCUUGCUCAUCAACAUGACCUUCAAAGGGCCCGCGAGCGCGCCCGCGUCAUCAAUUUCACCCAUUACUCCCAAAGCGCUUGGGACAUGCUCAACACCAAGUACGCCCUUUCCGACAUCGGCAAAAUGUUCGAUACUAUUCUGAAGACUGUCAAGAAGGCCGGAGGAUACGAUUGUUCGUACGGAACCCGGAAGAGCGCAGUCGAAACCAUGACCGAGAUCAUGAUGUGUGUGGUUACAGCGCCAAACGACGAAAUUGGGCAUCAGGCGAGGAACGACGAUGAUGAAGCGACGGAGAUGGAGGAGAAGUUGCUUGAGAUGAUGACUUACUUUGAUGAGGAUGAGCUGGCGCAGUUGGACGAGGAGGGCUGGACCGAUAAGGUCAGGGAGUUGAUGGAGGAGGCGGAUGGGUAUUCCAUGUAUGAGAGGCUGAACGAGGUGGUGGAGAUGUUGGAGGGUGACUAUGAGGAGGAAGGUGAAGAUGACGAGGAUGGCGAGGAAGAUGGAGAGGAAGAUGGAGAGGAAGAGUAAGGUGUGGAUGGACUACCACCGCCACCGGGUUCCUUUGACUGACAAAUCAGUCUGGAGGGAGAACACGGAGGAGGAAUCGUUGGCCGCCUAUAUGCUUGCGCGGUUGGGGGAUGCUGGAAUGGUGGUACUCCUACAUGAAAGCGAUGGUGGUCUGGACAGCAAUCGCCGUCUCAGUGACUGACCCCGUAAUACACGACAGCAACUCGAAGGCGGGUUACUUUGAUUGGAA